AUGGAGUUGCUUUGGACAGCCCUCUUCCUGACUACUGUCCUCCUGGGUCUUUCAUGCCAGGCGUCUGACUGGAAAUCUGACAGAAAUUUUAUUUCAGCCGCUGGUCCUCUAACAAAUGACUUACUGUUUAACCCGAGCCAUCCGCUGGGAAAGCAGGGCCCUGACGUGGUAGCUGCUAACACCGACAUCUACAUCUGCAAGCAGCCAUUGCCCUCUUUCUUGCCUCAGUACUUCAGCAGCCUUCAUGGCAGUCAAGUCACCCACUACAAAGUGCUUCUGUCAUGGGCACAACUUCUCCCAACAGGAAGCUCCAAGAAUCCAGACCAGGAAGCAGUGCAGUGCUACCGACAGCUCCUGCGGUCCCUGAAGGCUGCCCAGCUUCAGCCCAUGGUGGUCCUGUGCCACCAGGUUCCACCUGCCAUCAGCGGCAGCCAGAGAAAUGGGGGUUUUGCUGACCUCUUUGCUGACUAUGCCACGUUCGCCUUCCAGUCCUUUGGGGACCUUGUUGAGAUCUGGUUCACCUUCAUCGACUUGGAGAACGUUAUCAAGGAUCUUCCCCACUGGGAUUCGAAAGCUGCUGGUCUCCAAACCCUCAGCACUGCCCACAGGAAAGCCUUUGACAUUUACCACAGCAAAUACUCUUCUCAGGGAGGAAAGCUGUCUGUGGUCCUGAAGGCUGAAGACAUCCCUGAGCUUCUGCUAGACCCAUCUUCUGCUGCACUGGCCAAGGACUCGGUAGAUUUCCUCUCUCUUGAUUUGUCUUAUGAAUGCCAAAGUGUGAUGACUCUACCACAGAAGCUGAGUGAAGUGCAGACCAUUGAGCCCGAAAUGAAAGUUUUCAUCUAUACUCUAAAACUUCAGGACUGCCCAUCUACAGGGAAGAGCCCCUCCUCGCUGCUCUUCAGCCUCCUGGAAGCCAUAAAUAAGGACCAAGUACAGACUGUUGGGUUUGACGUCAAUGCAUUCCUGAGCUGUUCAUCCAGUUCUGAGCCAUCCUGUUCUCUCACUGACAGCCUGGCCCUUCAGAAUGAGCAGCACCGUGAGACAGCCGUUGCGCCCUCAUCCCCUCUAUCAGCCUACCAGAGAGUCUGGACAGCCUUUGCUAACCAGUCUAGGGCAGAAAGGGAUACCUUCCUGCAAGAUGUGUUUCCAGAAGGAUUCCUCUGGGGCGUUUCCACAGGAGCCUUUAAUGUGGAAGGAGGCUGGGCCGAAGGUGGCAGAGGGCCCAGCAUCUGGGACCACUACAGUAACCUGCAUGCUGACAAGAGCCAAGCGACAGCCAAAGUGGCCAGUGACAGUUACCACAAACCAGCUUCUGAUGUCGCCCUGCUCCGAGGCCUCAGGGCUCAGGUGUACAAAUUCUCCAUCUCCUGGUCCCGGCUCUUCCCCACUGGGCAGACCAGCAGCCCCAACCUCCAAGGUGUCGCCUACUAUAACAAACUGAUAGACGGCCUACUGGACUCGCACAUUCAGCCCAUGGCUACGCUGUUCCAUUGGGACCUGCCUCAGGCCCUGCAGGAUCAAGGCGGAUGGCAGAACGAGAGUGUGGUGGAUGCCUUCCUGGGCUACGCAGCCUUCUGCUUCUCCACCUUUGGGGACCGUGUGAAGCUGUGGGUGACCUUCCACGAGCCGUGGGUGAUAAGUUAUGCAGGCUAUGGCACUGGGCAGCACCCACCAGCCAUUUCUGACCCAGGAGUGGCUUCUUUUAAGGUGGCUCACUUGAUCCUCAAAGCACAUGCCAGAACUUGGCAUCACUAUGACCAUCACCAUCGCCAACAGCAGCAGGGACAGGUGGGCAUUGUACUCAACUCAGACUGGGCGGAGCCCAUGGAUGGGGAGAGUCCCCAGGACCUUGCUGCCGCUGAGCGCUUCCUGCACUUCAUGCUAGGCUGGUUUGCACACCCCAUCUUUGUAGAUGGGGACUACCCCACCGCCCUCCGGGCCCAGGUCCAGCAAAUAAAACAGCACUGUGGUCAUCCUCUGGCCCAGCUCCCUGAGUUCACAGAAGCCGAGAAGCGGCUCCUGAAAGGCUCUGCAGACUUCCUGGGUCUGUCUCAUUACACAUCCCGCCUCAUCAGCGAGGCCAGGCAGCAGACCUGCAUCCCUAGCUAUGAUAAUAUCGGAGGCUUCUCCCAGCACAUAGACCCCACAUGGCCCCAGACCGCAUCUCCCUGGAUCCGGGUGGUACCCUGGGGCAUAAGGAGGUUGCUUCGGUUUGCUUCCAUGGAAUACACAAAAGGAAGAGUUCCAAUCUUCUUGGCCGGGAGCGGCAUGCCUGUAGGGGAAGGAGCGGAUCUCCUUGACGACUCGGUGAGAGUGAACUACUUCAGCCUGUACAUCAACGAGGUGCUCAAGGCUGUCAAGGAGGAUUUGGUGGAUGUCCGUUCAUAUAUUACUCGUUCCCUCAUUGAUGGCUUUGAAGGGCCCGCAGGUUACAGCCAGAGGUUUGGGCUGUAUCGUGUCAACUUCAACGACAGCAGCAGGCCAAGAACUCCCAGAACAUCUGCCUACUCCUUCACCAGCAUCAUUGAGAAGAAUGGCUUCCCUGCCAAGACAGUGAAACGAAACCCACUGCCUGUGAAAGCAGAUGUCACCUCCAGAGCCAGAGCCACCUUCAACUUCCCAUCUGAGGUGCCCUCCAAGGCCAAAGUAGUGUGGGAGAAGUUCUCCAAGCAGCCCAAGUUUGAAAGAGACUUGUUCUAUCACGGCACCUUCCGGGAUGACUUCCUGUGGGGUGUAGCCUCUUCGGCCUAUCAAAUCGAAGGAGGUUGGGAUGCUGAUGGCAAAGGCCCCAGCGUCUGGGACAACUACACCCACACCACAGGGAACAACGUGAAAGACAACACCACUGGGGACAUAGCAUGUGACAGCUAUCACCGACUGGACGCCGACCUAAACAUCCUUCGGGCUUUGAAGGUCAAAUCCUACCGGUUUUCCAUCUCCUGGUCUCGGAUUUUCCCUACAGGAAGAAACAGUUCCAUCAACAGUAAGGGUGUUGAAUAUUAUAACAGGCUGAUUGACGGCUUGGUGGAGAGCAGCAUUGUCCCCAUGGUGACACUGUUUCACUGGGACCUGCCCCAGGCCCUGCAGGAUAUUGGAGGCUGGGAGAACCCUUCUUUGAUUGAUUUGUUCAACAGCUAUGCUGACUUCUGUUUUAAGACCUUUGGCGACAGAGUCAAGUUCUGGAUGACCUUUAAUGAGCCCUGGAGUCAGGCGGUGUUAGGCUAUAGCUCAGGGCUGUACCCCCCAAACGUGAAGGAGCCGGGCUCGCUACCUUACAAGGUUAGCCAUGCACUUAUUAAGGCUCACGCUACAGUCUACCAUACUUACGAUGAGAAAUACAGACAGAAGCAGAGCGGGGUCAUCUCACUGAGCCUCAACACUCACUGGGUGGAGCCCAAGGACCCAGGGCUCCAAAGAGACGUGGAAGCCGCCGACCGGAUGCUGCAGUUUUACCUGGGCUGGUUUGCUCACCCGAUUUUUAGAAACGGGGACUAUCCAGAGGUCAUGAAAUGGAAUGUGGGGAACAGGAGUGAACUGCAGCACCUGGCCAGCUCCCGCCUGCCCAGCUUCACAGAGGAGGAGAAAGCUUACAUCAGGGGUACUGCUGACGUCUUCUGCAUCAACAUCUACACUUCCGUAUUUGCACAACAUAGGACUCCUAGGCUGAACCCACCCAACUAUGAGGACGACCAGGAGCUAAAGGUCAGUGAAAUGGACUCUUCAUCAUCCAUCACGGCAGUGCACCCACAUGUGCCCUGGGGGAUGCGGAGGCUGCUGAGCUGGAUCAAGGAAGAGUAUGGCAACAUUCCCAUUUACGUCACCGAGAACGGACAGGGCCUGGAAAGCCCCACACUGGAUGACACCGUAAGGCUAUUCUACCACAAAACCUAUAUCAACGAGGCUCUGAAAGCCUACAGGCUGGAUGGCGUGGACCUUCGAGGCUACUCUGCCUGGUCACUGAUGGACAGCUUCGAGUGGCUGAACGGCUACAGCGUCAAGUUUGGGUUAUAUCAUGUUGACUUUGCUGACGUGAACAGACCUCGGACGGCAAGAGCCUCAGCCAGGUACUACACAGAGCUCAUCGCCAACAACGGCAUGCCCCCAGCCAAGGAGGACGAGUUCCUAUAUGGAGAGUUCCCCAAAGGCUUCAUCUGGAGUGGGGCUUCUGCAGCAUAUCAGGUUGAAGGUGCGUGGAGAGCAGAUGGCAAGGGACUUAGCAUCUGGGACACGUAUUCCCACACUCCGCUGAAGAUCGGGAACGACGACAAUGGAGAUGUGGCGUGCGACAGUUACCACAAGAUUGCUGAGGACGUGGUGGCCCUCCAGAACCUGGGUGUGUCCCACUACCGCUUCUCCAUCUCCUGGUCCAGAGUCCUCCCUGACGGAACCACCAAGUUCAUCAAUGAAGCAGGCCUCAACUACUAUGUUCGAUUCAUAGAUGCUCUGCUGGCUGCUGGCAUCAAACCACAGGUGACCAUGUAUCACUGGGACCUGCCCCAGGCACUGCAGGACAUCGGGGGCUGGGAGAAUGAGACGAUUGUGCCGCGCUUUCGGGAGUAUGCAGAGGUGCUCUUCCAGAGGCUGGGGGACAUGGUGAAAUUCUGGAUCACACUGAAUGAGCCCUUCGUCAUUGCUUUCCAUGGCUACGGCAGUGGGGUGUCUGCUCCAGGAAUCUCCAUCAGGCCUGGCACAGCUCCAUACAUUGUCGGCCACAACCUGAUAAAGGCCCAUGCUGAGGCUUGGCACCUCUACAACGACAAGUACCGCGCCAAGCAGGGAGGCAUGAUUUCUAUCACCAUCAGCAGUGACUGGGCGGAGCCCAGGGAUCCCUCCAAGCAGGAGGACGUGGAGGCCGCCAGGAGAUACGUGCAGUUUAUGGGGGGCUGGUUUGCACACCCCGUCUUCAAAAAUGGAGACUAUCCAGAGGUGAUGAAGAGUCGGAUCCGUGACAGGAGCCUGGCGGCAGGUCUCAGCAAGUCCAGGCUCCCUGAGUUUACAGAGAGUGAGAAGAGGAGGAUCAACGGUACCUUCGACUUUUUUGGGUUCAACCACUACACCACUGUCCUGGCCUACAACCUCAACUAUCCUGCUGUCCUCUCUUCCUUUGAUGCAGAUAGGGGAGUUGCCUCCAUUGCGGACCGCUCUUGGCCAGACUCUGGCUCCUUCUGGCUGAAGGUGACCCCUUUUGGCUUCCGGAGGAUCUUGAACUGGCUGAAGGAGGAAUAUAACAACCCUCCAAUUUACGUCACAGAGAAUGGAGUGUCCAGACGGGGAGACCCAGAACUCAAUGACACCGACAGGAUCUAUUACCUGCGCAGCUACAUCAAUGAGGCCCUCAAAGCUGUGCAGGAUAAAGUGGACCUUCGAGGGUACACAGUAUGGAGCGUGAUGGACAACUUCGAGUGGGCCACCGGCUUCGCAGAGAGGUUUGGUGUGCACUACGUGAACCGCUCUGACCCUUCCCUGCCGAGGAUCCCCAAGGCAUCGGCCGGGUUCUACGCCUCCGUAGUCCGCUGCAAUGGCUUUCCUGACCCUGCACAAGGGCCUCAUCCUUGCCUCCAGCAACCAGAAGAUGCUGGACCCACGGCCAGUCCUGUGAAACAGGAAGUGCCCUUCCUGGGGCUGAUGCUGGGCGUCACAGAAGCACAGACGGCGUUGUAUGUGCUCUUCGCUCUUCUGCUACUUGGAGCCUGUAGCUUGGCACUCCUGUUAUACAAAUACUGUAAGCGCCCCAAGGAAGAGAAAGUACAGCAAAGCCAACACAGCCUGAGCCCACUCUCUUCCUUCUGACGUCAUCUCAGGUUGUGCAAAGUGGCCUGGUUUCUUUACAUAGGGAUGCUAGCACCAGGCUCCUGCCCACAGUGCUCCUCUUCAUCAAGGCUU